CUUCUUUCUAAACUUGAACUCCGCUUGCCAAUCUGCAUUUGAUUCUGUUUUUCUUUCUUCCUUCUCCCCCCCUCCCAUCUUGUCAAUCACUUAACUUCUCAUCUUCUCGCUAGCUUGGCCGACUUCCAGCCAAUUUUAUCUCAAUUAAUUCCAAAGAACGGGAGAGUCUGAAGUCUACUCCCACUUGUUCAUUCAUUGUUCAUUACCCCUCCUCGGGUGUACCGCAAACAACUACUCCCAUAUUUUUUUACCAGCACAUUUCGCGUGUCUCCCUUGACCACAAUGCCUUUGAUCAGCACCACCGAAGUCAGCGAGGACACUCGCGUCUUGGGAUAUGAUCCCCUCCUCUCCCCCCAGUUUCUGCAGACCGAGAUCCCUGCUCCUGCGCGCGCAUUAGAGGCUGUCCGUGCCGGCCGCAACCAGGCAAUUGAGAUCAUCGAGCAGCGGGAUGACCGCCUGCUCGUGGUUGUUGGCCCCUGCUCCAUUCAUGACCCCGAGACGGCUCUGGAGUAUGCCCGUCGCCUCAAGGAACUGUCUGAGAAGCUCUCUGGUGACCUUUGUGUCAUCAUGCGUGCUUACCUGGAGAAGCCUCGCACCACGGUCGGCUGGAAAGGGUUGAUCAACGAUCCGGAUAUUGACGAGACCUACAACAUCAACAAGGGUCUUCGUGUCUCCCGCCGUCUUUACGCAGACCUAACCAGCAUGGGCUUGCCUAUUGCCAGCGAGAUGCUGGACACCAUAUCCCCCCAGUACCUUGCCGAUCUCAUCUCUCUCGGUGCCAUCGGCGCCCGUACUACUGAGUCCCAGCUGCACCGUGAGCUCGCCUCUGGUCUCAGUUUCCCCAUCGGCUACAAGAACGGCACCGACGGCAACCUGACCGUAGCCAUUGACGCCAUUGGCGCGGCCGCCCACCCCCACCGCUUCUUGGGUGUCACCAAGCAGGGUCUGGCUGCUAUUACAAAGACCUCUGGUAACGAACACGGGUUCGUCAUCCUCCGUGGAGGCAACAAGGGUACCAACUACGACCGUGAGAGCAUUAAGGCUGCCCGUGAGGCCCUCCGUGGCAAGAAGCAACGCGAGGUUGUCAUGGUAGACUGCUCUCACGGUAACUCCAACAAGAACCACCGCAACCAGCCCCUGGUCGCCAAGGAAGUUAGUGACCAGCUCCGUGAGGGCCAGGAUGCUAUCGUCGGUGUUAUGAUCGAGUCCAAUAUCAGCGAGGGUAACCAGAAGGUUCCCCCCGAGGGUCCCUCCGGCUUGCGCAAGGGUGUCAGUAUCACGGACGCCUGCAUCGACUGGGAGACCACGGUCACUGUCCUGGAAGACUUGGCAGAUGCCGUUCGUGCCAGACGUGCUGCCAAGGCCAAGGUUGCUGCUGAAUAAGCCAUCACGACUGUUCCGACAGUUCAGGCGUGAUCGGUUUCCCUUCUGUUUAUUCGAGACGGUCUGAUUUAGAUACCAUAGCCAGGGCGCUCUGAUUUUCCCUGCCUUUAAUUCGGUGACGAUAAUGAUUCUCUUCGUUUUCCUUUCAUUCCACUUAUUUGUCCACAUAUUGGGUGUUGUGUGCUCGCGUCAGUGGCCCUUGGGAGCUUGGUGUCAGGGCCUUGAUUCAUGGUAGUAUCAAAAGUUUGGCAUAAUCAUCUUACGUCCUCUGCGAUUGGUUCGGG